UCCCAGCUCACCUCGCCCGUUGGCUGGUGGGAGGGGAGCAAAAUGGCGGCGGCCGGAGCUGUGGCCAGUAGGCUGUUCCUGCUCUUGCUGGUGGCGGCCGCAGCUCCCAGUCGCGCGCGAGGCAGUGGUUGCAGGUCCGGAGCCGCUGUACGAGGGGCGGGGGCGGAAGGUCGAGAGAGUGAGGGCUGUGGCACCGUUGGGCUGCUGCUGGAGCACUCAUUUGAGAUCGAUGACAGUGCCCACUUCCGGAAGCGGGGCUCCAUACUCUGGAACCAGCAGGACAACACCUUGUCCCUGUCACAGCGGCAGCUCAGCGAGGAGGAGCGGGGCCGCCUGCGGGAUGUGGCAGCCAUGAACGGCCUGUACCGUGUCCGGGUCCCGCGGCGGCCUGGGGUCCCUGAUGGCCCCGAAGCUGGCUACUACGUCUCCUCCUUUGUCCCCGCGUGCUCCCUGGUGGAGUCGCACCUCUCGGAUCAGCUGACACUGCACGUGGACGUGGCUGGCAACGUGGUGGGCGUGUCGGUAGUGACGCACCCCGGGGGCUGCCGGGGCCACGAAGUGGAGGACGUGGACCUGGAGCUGUUCAACACCUCUGUGCAGCUGCAGCCGCCCGUCACGGCCCCAGGCCCGGAGACCGCGGCCUUCAUUGAGCGCUUGGAGAUGGAGCAGGCCCAGAAGGCCAAGAACCCUCAGGAGCAGAAGUCCUUUUUUGCAAAAUAUUGGAUGUACAUCAUUCCUGUCGUCCUCUUCCUCAUGAUGUCUGGAGCGCCAGAUGCCGGGGGCCAGGGGGGCGGCGGCGGCGGAGGUGGCGGCGGGGGCAGUGGCCGGUGAGGGGCCUGGGGCCAGUCAGCGCCCACCCGUCCUCUUUCACCCAGGAGACUACUUUCCUGCCCAGAGUGCCCGUGUCCUUGGUCACCCCAAGAGUCCCUUCCCUGUGGGCCUUGAUGUUCCUGUCAGGAGCUGGGUGGCUGCACCCCUGGCCCUGUUGGCCCCCCUGCAGUCCCAAGGGCCUCCCUUCACCCACAGUCUGGGGCCCAUGCUCCUGGGCCCCUCUGAUCUGGUGGCUGACACCCCCAAUACCCCCAAGCCCUGCAGUCCGGGAACAUGCCCAUGCUCUCCAGCCCCUGUGCCUUUCUGGGUGGCCCAGCUCCUUUGCCACGCUCCUGUCACUCUCCCUUGGGGGCACAGGGCGGGCCUGGGCAGCUGGGCUGGCCGUGCCCCGGGCCCUGCUCUGCCCUUUUUCUGCCCAGGAUGCCAGAGCCUGUGGAGGCUUCUGGGCUCGAGGGAACGAUGUUUAAAAUCAGCACAAAGUGAAGCAGCUGCAGGGAGCGGAGCCCAGGGCCGGGGGUGGGGGGUGGGGUGGUGUGUGUGUGUGUGUGUGUGUGCAGCCCCGCCCCACCUGAGCCGUCCUCCCUGGGAUACUGGCACCAGGUGAGGCCGCCGGGCCUUUGCCGUGUAUUCCCCACACUUGCCGGUUUAAAAACAUUGACGAGAAUGGGUUGAAAUACUUUCAAAGACCCACACCUUCCGGCAGCUGAAGGCUUCCUGAUGUACAUGCGCAUGUAGGGGUCGUUGGUUGGGUUGGGUUCCGGCGUUCGCGCGGUGGGUUACGCAGAAGCCCUGAAACUCAGCCUUUGUCGUUGUGGCCAGGGACGCUGCUCUGUGUCACGUGGCCGUGUAUGAAGCUGUCCCCCCACACGUCCACCACUUACGGUAGCCCGCUCGCUGCUUUCCGUGGUUAUAAAUAGGCCUACGGUGAGCCAGCCCAUUCGGUGUGAGUCUGAAUUGCUUCCUGGGGACACGUGAUCGACAUAGUGGCGUCCCUGGGGCAGUUCACAAGUAUUUGUAUGAGCAGGUGGUGCAGGACGGGAUGUGGUGGAAGUUGUUCCCCUCCUCGCUUUUAUCCUCUUAUUUCCUCCUGGAGCGUGUGUAUGGAGCACAAGCCAGCAAGGCCGCUGUUAAUCCCCCCCCCCACUGGGUAACAUGAAAGUCGAGAAUGCCACAGGCCGUCUUGCACCUGGCUUCACUCCAGCUGCCCAGAGUGGCCUGGUCCUCCUCACCCCGCCCUCCCCAAGGCCCCUGGGCUCGGUCAGCUAGGAGUAGCGAAGCUCAAAGCAGAAACUGGAAUGGCUGGGGCGGAUGGCCCUUGCAAAUCGGUUCCAUGUUGCUGAGUUGCCUCCACAGGGCAAACUCUGGUCCCUGGUUCCUCAGUCUCGCACACAAGGCUGGGCGUCUCUCUUAAGGAUGAGGCGGGCCCUGGCUGAUGUGGCUCUGGGUCGAACCCCUGCCGGCGAACCCAGGGGUGGAUGGAUGGUCAGGGCUCACGCCUGGGUUGUGGGCUGGGUCCUCAGUUGGGGGUGUGCAAGGAGCAGCGGAUCGAUGUUGCUCUCCCUCUACUUCCCCCUGCCUUCCCCUCUCUCUAAAAAGUAAAUGAAAUAAAAUCUUUACUUAAAAAAGAAA